ACGAUCAACCGGAGGUAAUCGUCGUGGAACCUGGCUCACUUGGUCCUGCACGCAUUCGACGCGUAACACCGUCCUCUAUCGACGCGAAUCAACGAUCACUCGGACCGAACAUGGGUGUCGUGAAGACCGCUUCCGAGAGCAUCCUCGAGGAGACCGUGGUACCCAGCGAGGAGGCCAAUUACUCCGUGCAAGGUCACGCCGAAGAAUGGACGGAAACAUUCCCCUAUCAAUUGCUGGUUGGAACGGGAGUAGCAUUGAUGGCAUUAUUAUUAUUGGCCGCUGUGAGUUUCCAAUGUUCCUCUACUUGGCGAUGGCUAAUGAGGAUGAGGCGAAACAUGAAGGAAGAGGAUGCCGAGAGCGAUUUGUCUCAACAGAACGCUAUACGCAUCAGCCACUCGUUGCCGGAUCUUCAAUCGGAACCAAUCACCCACGAAUACGUCCAAGAACAAAAAGACAGCAAAAAGGUGCUACGUCAGACGACUUUACCCAUUGUCCCGAUGAGGCACCAGAGCUUUCAGAGACAGCUAUCGCAUCGGUUAGAUCUACCCAAUAUCAAGUUCAGCAUUUGCAGCUUGGAGAACCGUAGUGACUCCAGCCUUGGAUUGAUUAAACCGGAACUUUACAAGAAAGAGCUGCUCAAACAGGAUGACGCGGACAGCGCCAGCACCGCGGAAAUGGAGUUCGCCGGAAGUCUGCGUUUCGCUCUGCAGUACGACAAGGAGAUCGAGUCAUUGAUCGUUAAGGUUUUAGAAGCUCGAGAUUUGCCGGAGAAGGACGUGACAGGAAGCAGCGAUCCUUAUGUGAAAGUGUAUCUCCUUCCUGACAGGAAGAAGAAGCAUCAAACGAAAGUGCACCGCAAGAAUCUGAACCCCGUGUUCAACGAAACCUUCAUAUUCAGCGUAUCAUACGAAGAGCUAAGAGAACGCUAUCUCCAAUUCUCCGUGUACGACUUCGAUCGAUUCUCUCGAAACGACCUGAUCGGGCAAGUGGUUGUCAAAGGGUUGUUGGAAUGCGCCGAUCUCGAGCACGAACUCGAGUACACAAUGGACAUUAUGCGUACAAUGCAGGAAAAGGUGGAUCUGGGUAAAUUGAUGCUGUCGCUUUGCUACCUACCGACUGCCGGUCGGCUAACAGUGACUGUAAUUAAAGCCAGAAACCUGAAAGCCAUGGACAUAACAGGAUUGUCGGACCCGUACGUGAAGAUAUACCUGUUAUGCCAAGGCAAGAGGAUCAAGAAGAAGAAGACGACCGUGAAAAAGAACACCCUCUGUCCCGUGUACAAUGAGAUUCUAGUGUUCGACGUGCCGGCUGACAACAUCGAAGACGUUAGUCUGAUAAUAAAAGUAAUCGACUACGACAGAAUUGGAUCGAACGAGCUGAUGGGUUGCACAGCAAUCGGCUCGAGUUUCAUCGGUAUCGGACGCGACCACUGGUUGGAAAUGCUGGAUAAUCCAAGGAAACCCGUGACGCAAUGGUAUCCUUUGACGGAAACGAUCGCUGGUCACAUUCCAGCCGUGAAUUCGGAGCCUCUUCCAGUGAGUCUGAGCUGCUUGAACAGUAGAUGAAGAAAGUACCGGUGGGAUAAAUAUCGCGGAAAGUCGCAGUUUUUGUCGGACGUCGGCUUGGGCGUUGUUUCCUUCUGUCGUCAUUUAAUGCACACCGCUUGACUGACUUAAGUACAAUUUCUAUCUCAACAGGCUCGGAUGAAACAGAAGCAAAAUAUCAAACAGUAUAAAACUCUGUGCUUUGAAACAUAAUGUAUCGGCGAGCGUGAAAUAGUAAACGUGUACUAGACAGUAAUAGAGUGUUUGUAAAGCUUAGAUAGAGAGUCGAUGGAAGAACGAGGUUGCUCAAAUUACCUUUGAAAAAUAACCCAAGAAGAAAAAAUUAAGUAUCCCCAGUAUCGAUAAGAACAUACAAACGAGAGAAAGAGAGGGAGAGAAUGCGAGUGAGAGAGAUAAAGAGAGAAAGAUAGACAAAGAUAGAAUAGCUUAUUUUUGAAAAAACGAAUCCAGGCUGGCCCUGUAUUCCAGAAUCGUUUAUCAAUUCCACUGAUCGUAUAUUUUAUCAACGAGAGAGAAACACUGACUCAAUAAGCGGUUGUGAACGAGCAAAUUUUUCGGGUCUCUUGAUAUAUUGCAUACUUACCGCUUGCAUAAGCGUUACCACUUUAUAACCGAAAUAGCAGCUAAUUGUUCGUUUAGCUUUCGUUAUUUUAAUCUAGAUAUUUCAAUCUGGAUAUGGACAAAGUGAAAGUCGUCAAAGGUAGGACUCUCGCUAUAUUGCAUUGUUACUGUUAAUUGAGCCAGUUACCUAUAGUCUUGCAUAUAGUCUAUAUUAUACAGUCCACACGCACUGGUAGCGUGAAAAUUAAUACUCACGCGUUAUAUCACAAAGCGUUAGACUUCGAACCAAGUUUAAUUCGAGGUUGUCCCUACAGCCCUGUCCGAGGCAAUAUAACGGGAGUCUACGGUAUCGAGACACCUAUUAACAGAUUUCCGAUAAUUAUCGAGAACUCAAGAGCAAAAGAGAUUCGAGAAAGCUUCGUAUUAAAAAAUAAUUGUCGAACAGAGCACUGUGGAUAUAUAGCCUUUGCCGCACGCACACUUAUUAGCAGUCGUAGCAAGUACACUUACUAGUACGUAAUGAUUUCAAAGAGGGUUUUAAUUUCUACUGAAACGUGCUUGAAAAUAAUAUAUAGUCGGUGUUUAUUUUAUCGCGCUUAAUGCAGCAAAAAGUUCUCUUGCAAUCCGGUCAUUCCUCCGCACGCCCACGCAACGAGUAACAAGCAUCGUACUCCAGCACAAUCGAUUCUGUGUAUGAAACGUACACGUUAUGUAUUAAGAAACAGCUUAACGAGGCACAAACGUACAAUAACUGUUUUCAGUGAUAAACCGCGUGAUCCUACGAGGAUUUGUCACGAUCGGACACCAUUAUCGUGCUUCCGUAACACUUGUCUCUAUCGAUCAAUCCGAUGCAUGACACCGCGAGAGAACGUUCUAAGGACAAUAAAGCCAUGUAAUCCAUAUGUAGAUCUUUCUUUAGUCUUUGAAUAGCAAUAUCCUAACGUUAACGUAUGUGUCACGCUGUGUCGUUGUUGCAGUACACUCCCGAUCGAAAGGCAUUCACGUUUCUCUUGAUCACACGAUACAGAUAUCGUAUCUAAUUCUAAAUUACAUCAAGAUUUCAGAUUUGAAAAUUUUCAGGUUAAAUUCAAAAUUUCUACUCUUUCAAAUUUGAUAGAAUCUUGAACAUUACUACUUGAAUACUUGAAUAUACUUGUCAACGAUUUGGUAAAAAUUUUGAAUACAAAUAAUGCAUGAAAUUUUUCUUCAAACAUUUAAACAAUUUCAAUCACUUUCGAUAAAAUUUGAACAACUUGACUUUCGAGGGAGAGUACAUCGUGUAUUUACUAAAGCAUACCAGCAAUGAAAAACAGAAAAAUAAAAAAAAAUAGAAAAGGAAGCGAAACGACGUUUACUAAUUCACGCUCAUACCAUUUUCGCGCAAAAUGUUCUUAUUUAACAUGAUACGUGUUUAGGUAUAAAGCUCGUCGAAGGGCACCGUUUGUGAUAACGCGGCCGGAAGCACGUGCACACGCGCGAGACCGCGUAUCGACAGUUCACGUUAAUCGACAGGAAAAUGUUGCGUGUGCUCGAUAAUGACGCGUGUGUGACACGCGUGGAGGGCCACGUCGUAGAGAACAGUAAAUCAACGCGAAUGAUUCGUAGCACGUAUGAUAACCGUAAUACAUGCAGGCAUAGUGUAUCGUGAAAAUAUGUAACACUCGCUUGAGAACGGGAAUUGUGUAAGAGGAAUUUGUACAAAAUGGCACGAUUGUUUCGCGUAAUCGAUUAACGGUCGAUCAGAUACAAAAGGGGAUAUAUUACAUGUGGGCGUCACUGGAAAGCGGGUGAGCUGACGUUGAGAAGAGAGGAAUAAUUGAAAUGUCGUUGUUAAUCCUUUAAUUGCGAAAGAGGGAAUUGGAUGAAGGUAGAAAGAGCCAUUUUCUGACUUCGUAUGAAUACUGAAACCAUGUCAAAAGAAUACAUUUCGAACAAAUUAUUAUAAAGACAUUAUGACUUAUUAUUAUAAGGAAAUGACUUCAAGAAAUACGUAAAAUCUAAAUUUCUGAAUUCAUUUAAAAUAAAAAUGAAUUAUUGAAGUAAAAAUAAAAGUGAUCAAAUCACUAGUACUUCACGUUUGCCCCAGUUAACAAGUGUAUAAUACAUUAUACUCAAGUAGUGAAAGCUUCGAACGACAAUCAGCAGUUGAAGGAUUAAAAUCGAUAAAAGACAAUGUUGUGUGUUCCAUGUUACUGAAAGUAUACCCUAUAUCGAAACAUACAUAGUUAGAUAAAUAACCAACUAAUAACCACGAAACGUAACUAGAAGAAAAUGUGCCAAGACACGCAGAAGUAGUAGUAGCGUAGAAAUAGCGAAGCGUAGCGCACAGGAACAAAGAAGCUUUUAAUGGUUAAUCCUCGAAGUAGUAUAUAUACAUAUAUUUAUAUAAUCCUCGUACCAAAUUGUAUCCAGUCAAUUUGAUGGUGGCUGCCCGUGGGGUUGGCUAUUUUUUCUAGAAUUCUUGUUGCACUUCUCAUUUUCGCGUUCCAGCGACGCCCAUUAAAGCAAACCAAGAAUAACUGUAUUUUUCGUACAAAUUGCGGACAUUCUACUACAGACUGAGAUUACUCGAAUAACUUCACGUGAGCUGCUUAAGAAGAAGGAACGGACAUGUAAUUUUGUAAAUUAGAGUAGUAGGUGGUCAGCCUGGAGAACAUUUUUCUACGAUCGUGAGGAACGGAUUCGAUAGAAAAUUGCAUCGAAUCGUUCUAGACCGGACACGGGCGGGAAGUUUUCGUGCUCGUAGCUGUUCUGGACUAUCGAAUGAUGUACUUAAUCUAUAUUUAUUUUGAAUACACCGUAUCGAGUGUAUCUGACGUCGUCCUGUAUUCGGUGUGUCGAUUAUUUCAUUCUGACGUUUUUGUAUUCGUUUCGAUGUAGUGUUAAUAUGCGUAGUCGAUGUUCGUUCAAGUAAACGUGUGAUUUUGUACGUGAACAUGGAGUACUAAGGUGAUUUGGAGUAACGUUGAUACACGAUGUCCUUUACUUUGUAUCGUUAGAGUGACUUCCAUCCACUCGCAUCGCCGAUGAAUCGCAUCUCCAAAUUGCCGGUAUUCAAAAUUUUCGGGCGAGGACCUGGACCACCCAAAAAUCUUAAUUAGGCCCAUCACACCGCUGUCGAUACCGUGUGACAUGCGUACAUAUCAAUCGCGACGAUGCGAAUAAACGGGCUGACGAGUAUCAAUUUCACUGGAUAAUAUCCGAAGAGCGACAAAAUCUAUUCUACUCAUGAAAGUGACAUCGUACUCUUAUUUAGUCAAAAACUGCAGGCGAAUCGAAUCGAGUAACGGUACCGAUAAUAUGCAUUUUCUAACGAGUAUGUAUUUAUCUAUGCUGUAUAUCCGGACAGCUGUCCAUUUGUGAUUGUGAAUGAAAUAAAUAAAUCGGUACCACAUAAAUUCGUGCAUUCUUAUUUUCCAAAUGAAUCAUCAAACGUAGAGGAAUUUAUUCGA